GUCACCCCUCGGCCACCAGAGCUUCACGUUCGAUGCGGACGACAGUGACGGGGACGAGGAAGGUGUCCGCGUGGCAGAGGCCAAGGGGGCAAGCCUGAGAGGACUGGAGUUACAGGGGUGUGCCAGCUAAAUGAUCUUGAGAGAAAGAAAAGAGUUUUCUGGACAAGUGCUACAGUCUCCUCUCUCUUAUAGCAGUGAAGUUGACUCCGAUGACAACCAAGAACAGAGACAGGUGCCCUUGCCAGAGAGCAGCCUUACACCAUGGGAGGUGUGGUUUGUUGGCAAAGAAAAAGAAGAACGAGACCGGCUACAUCAGAAAGUUCUAGAGGAAAUAAAUCAACAACUAGAAAAAAGAAAAGAAAUGGAAGAGCGUGAAAAAAGAAAGAUAAUCGCUGAGGAAAAGCAUAAGGAAUGGGUUCAGAAAAAGAACAAACAGGAAAGGAAAGAAAGAGAACAAAAAAUUAAUAAGGCAAUGGAGGAAAAAGCAGCAAAGAAACAGGAGAAAGAAUAUUUGCAAGAAAAAGCAAAAGAAAAAUAUCAAGAAUGGUUAAAGAAAAAAAAUGCUGAAGAAUAUGAGAAGAAAAAGAGAGAGAAGGAAAAAGAGAAACAACGGCAAGCUGAAUUACUGGAGAAAAAGGAAAUAGCAGAAAGAAAGUUUAAGGAAUGGUUGGAAAAUGCAAAAAAUAAGCCUCGUCCAGCUGCAAAGAGCUAUGGCUAUUCCAGUGGAAAGCUUACAGGCUUUUACAAUGGAAAUUGCUAUCCAGAACCAGCCUUUUAUAAUCCAAUUCCAUGGAAGCCGAUUCAUAUUCCCCCUUCUAAAGAAGUUAAGGACCUCCCAGGAAAGAAGAGCAAAAGACCUAUGGCAAGUCAGCCACACAGGUCAUCAGUUCUGGCAAUCCAUAAAGCCAGAGGCAACCUUGGGCUUGGAACUCUGUGUAGAAUACAGAGAUAGUAGAUGGAGCUAGUUAAUUUUCAAGUCAAAACCACUAUUAUUUUUUACCAUGCACUCAGCAAGUCAACAUUUGAUGUGAUCACCAGUUUCCUAAUUUUAUUGGAGUCCUUGGAGUUAUCUGAGGAUAGUUUCUAUGUUUGAGUUUUUAAUAAACCCUUCAAGGUUGAUCUUGGCAUAUUGUUUUUCAGGAUAAAUGACUGAAUAUCUAACAGUUGUGCUUAUGUUUAGUUUUUAUUAAAACUAUAAUAGCAAUAAAAGAGUUUUUCUUUGUUC